GGGAGCUUUCGACCAGAGUCCCGUACUGUACCCCAUCUUCCCGACAACUGGCUCCUUUGCAUUCCCUGCAGCGAGAUCCUUCCCUCCCACAAUGGCGCCUCCACCAGCGCUCAGCAACAGGGAAGAGCAGUUCUUCAGAAAGAAUCUCCACAAGAAUCCGUGCGUCCGAUGCGGCAACCAGAACCCAAAGUAUCCGCAUGCCUUGGUCGACUGCCCCAAUACCCAGGCAAAAUGCAGGGCUAAGGACACUAUGUAUGCGACCUUGAAGCCCGAGGGGAAGAAGCAGACUGCCGAUGUUCUCAUCAGGGAGAUUCAGGAGGAGUAUAAGGCUGAUCAGAAAGCUCGGGAGGAACGCGAGGCUGCUCCGCGAGCUCGGCAGGCUCAGCAGGUUCAGCAGGCUCAGCAGAGCGCGACAAGGCAGCUGGCCCCUCGGCACAAUGUCGCUGUGCCUACUCAACAAACUACCUUAGCACCGACGCUCCGACUGCGCGGGACUCCCGUCACAGCACCUCAACUGACUACUACCGUGGCGGGUGGUAUGGCUCAACUAACUCUGGGUUCGGCGGGUCAAUCGGGGGCUUCUCAAGCGCCUCAAAUGACGUCGAUGACGGCUCCUGCCUCUCAAGCGGCUGCUACCUACCCAGACAUUCAGUACGAGAGAGUCACCUUGGAUAUGAUCAAUCCCCAGAGGGCACCGAGACAGAACGACAUGAUAAGGCUGGGCCGAAGCGCAAUCCGGGAUUCGAUGGCCGGAGCUAAGCUCAAAACACUCGCUCAAUCCAGUCUUUCAUUGGAUUUCCCUCUUCGAGAAGGCUUCUCUAGGGCCACCUCCACAGUCCUUACGAACCAUUUCCAGAUUGGCAUCGCCAGGCAGAAAGACAACCCGCAGGCAACGCUCUAUGAAUACCGAAUCUUACCUGCCUUGACUGGCAAGAGCAAGCGAAAGAUCAGAUCAAUCAUCAAGACCGCGAUCGAGAACUGCGAUGUGUUGAACACGAAUGAGACGAAGUUUGCUACCGAUUACUUUGACACCAUCAUCGCAUGGAGCGACUUGCACACCGCCCUUCAGCAGGCAGGCCAUCGAAAAAUCGCCGGAGGCGGUGCCAGCGAGAAACCGGAAUGGGAGUUGGUCACUCUCCAGGACGGACCAACCACCCUGCAUCUGACCAUCCGCUUCGAAGGUACCGUGGACCUCGCGAGCUUCAUCGCGCACAAGAAUAUGGAGACUCGUGCAGACAAGUUCGACGUUCAACCCGUUGUGCGGGCCUUGAAUAUAGUCGUCUCGAAAUGUUUCAAUGAGCCGCCAGUCGGUACGGUUCCCGUUGGUGCCAACAAGUUCUACCGCAAAGACUCUCACAUGAUCCUGACUAAUGGAAAACCUGAAGAUAAAGGACUGCGUAGCUCGGACUCUCUUUGCACCUUGCGGGGAUAUUCUUACACCGUCAGUGCCGGUGUGGGGACAAUCCUGCUGAACAUCAACUCUGCUACGAGCGCUUUCUGGAAGCCUGUGCUUCUAAGUACGGCGAUGACUGAUUGGACGUUUGAGGAUACCGACUGGAGUGUUUUCGAGGGAAUUCUGAAGGGCCUACGAGUCUAUAUCACUUAUCAGCGCGGAGACCCGAAAGAUAAGGAAACGUACGACAGACUGAACAGUGAGCAUGCUCGUGUCAAGACCAUAGAGGGCCUUGGACUAUCCGUCGAGAAUCAGGCCUUCGAGAAAAACGGGCAGGAAGUGAAGGUCCAAUACCACCUUGAGACAACCUACAACAUGACAUUACAGUUUCCGUGGCUCUAUGCAAUCAACCUUGGAACACGACGUGAGCCGAACUGGUAUGCUCCAGAACAUCUGAAGAUCCUUCCAUACCAAAAGUACAAGGGUCUGGUGCCAGACUGCAUCACCGGAGGCAUGCUCGCGGAGGCUUGUCAAAGACCACCACAAGCUAAAGCUCUGAUCGGAGUUGAGGGUCUUGAGACUAUGGGAAUUCCACGGACGGCCUCGGAGCAAGUGAUGGCGAUUCCAAGGUGCCCUAUCCUCCAGAUCACGCCUGCCAUGCUCAAAGUGCCCAGCAACAAAUACGCGUUCCCCAACAUCCAAUACGACAACGAGACAAUCGCCGGCAAUGAGCGCUGGAAUAUCCGAGAUAAACGACUGUACAGGCGCCCUGGUGCGACUUUCAAUGUUCAUGUGCUGGCAGACGACGCAUCGCCAGCUGAUGUCGCUAAGUGUAUCAACAACUUGAGGGACUACGCUGGUCCGCCAUCGGCCGACGGAAGGCAUCAGAACUACAGUGUUGCAACGGUGGCUCGUACCGGUACUUGGAAUCUGGAGCGUGAUGACCUUCGGAACCGUAAGAAAAUCGCGGAAGGCAUGAACAAGAUAGAAAAAGGGACCAAUUUCGUUCUGCUGCUGCUCAAGAACAAGAAGCCUACGACGUAUGCCUACUUCAAGGAUCUUGCCGACCGAACGCUUAGCCUCCAUUCCGUCUGUAUCACUCAACGAUGUCUCAGGCAAAACGUGGGCGAGAAAAUGAGCAACAUCGUGCUCAAAUUGAACCUAAAGGCAGCAGGUAGCAACCAUACCACCGCUACAGACGGCAAGAUCAAUAGUGUCAUGAGGGAUACGCUAGUCCUGGGGGCGGACGUUACUCACCCUGGUGUGGGCGCGAUCCCAGGAUGCCCUUCUAUUGCAGCGAUUGUUGGAUCAGUGGAUGCAUGGGCUGGCCGAUUCCUUGGAUCUAUGCGCCUCCAGAAAGAAUCGAAGAAAGAGAUCAUUGACGAGGUGGAAGCCAUGGUCCGCGAACGUAUCAAGGAUUGGGUCAUCGAACAGAAAGGAGCCAGCAAGUUCGGCACCCUCCCCGCGAACAUCCUCUAUUACCGAGAUGGCGUUGGCGACGGCCAGUACAUGCACGUGAAGACUCUGGAACUGCCGCAGAUCCGUGCGGCAUUCCACAACGCCGUCGCAGAACUGAAGCGAGACAAGCAUAUCGCGCACUCCGUCAAUCCCCCGGCCCCGAAGGUGACGGCAAUUGUCUGCGCGAAACGGCAUGGCGUCCGAUUCUAUCCGGUUAAAGACGAGAAGCCCGAAGCCGACAGGCAUCAGAACUGUCAUCCAGGAACCCACGUCGACGACGUCGUCACCUCUCCCUUCUUUACGGAUUUCUACUUGCAGUCUCACGCCGCGAUCAAGGGAACAGCAAAACCAGCACACUACUUCAUGCUGGUAAAUGAAAUGGGGAGGAGCGUCGAGGAUCUCCGUCUCUUGACCCACGAGUUAUGCUACACAUACGUUCGCGCCCCUAUUGGCGUCUCUUAUACAGCACCAGCGUACUACGCUGACCGCCUUUGCGACCGCGGACGCCAGUAUCUCCGCGAUAUCUUCUACAAGACACCCAAGGGUAUGGAUGUCCGCGGAAACUUCGACAAGUUCAAAUGGGAUCUGGAAGAUGCGAAGAGGGACGCCCGAGUUGCCAAAUGGGGAGAAGAGCGUAUGCAUGGCGGAACAAAACGACCGAAGGGUCCUGGGGAAGUUGAGCAGGAGCAGAUAGAUAGAGAUGAGGUCAAGAAGAAGUGCGAGGAGUGGACUAUGGAUUUGGCGAAGGAAGAGUUCUACAUUCAUGGUCUGGAUAAGAACCCGUGGCAUCCAAACAUCAGCAAGACUAUGUUCUGGAUGUGAGGAAGUGUGGAAGGCGACAAGGUGAGGCUCGAUUGACGGAGCUGGUGGUGGGUGCGAAUCGACUGGGGAAUGAGUUACGACUUCAUGAAUCUCCUUUCUCUGUUGUUCGAUUGGCUGAUAGAUUUCCUUUGUUCGUAUGUCUGUUUUCACAUUGACUGUUCCUAGUGUCGCUUGGGUUAGAUUGGCUCUUGCUCGACGUAUCAAAGACUGUUGCUUUUGGC